GAGCAACUUGCAGCAUCUGUUAUCGUACAAAAGCUUCAAGACAAUAUGGAUAUUCCAAAGAUUUCAAAUGACACUGACUUGCUUCACCCUCCUACUGAGCUUGAGAAGCAAAAACACAAGCUUAUGUGUUUGGUCCAAUCACCUAAUUCUACUUUUCUGGAUGUCAAAUGUCAAGGCUGCUUCCAAAUAACAACAAUUUUCAGCCACUUGCAAACCGUGGUUACAUGCCCCAAUUGCCAGCAAGUGUUAUGCCAGCCAAUUGGUGGCCGCGCAACACUUACUGAAGGAUGCUCUUUUAGGGUUAAAGAGAAUGAUAUGAUGGUCUAGGGUUG